UAUUGGUCUGGAAAAGUUAUCGAUAUUUUCAUUGGUACGAAGAACAUGUUGGAAAAGAUGAAUGCCAAGCAAAUCACACCGGACCAUCAGGUAACAUGGAAGUAAAUGCUGUCAUCGAACUGUUUCGCCGAUCAGAAGAAAAAUACGGAGCGAAAAUCAGCAACUAUAUUGGAGACGGAGAUAGUAAAACUUACGGCAAUUUAGUAAAAGCUAAACCUUAUGGUGAAAAUUUUAUUAUACAUAAAAAAGAAUGUGUAGGUCACGUGCAAAAAAGAAUGGGUAAACGUCUACGUGAUCUAGUAAAUAAAAUUGUUGAACAAAAAGUUGUAAAAACCGGAAAAAAUGCUGGUAAAACAAGACAAAGUAAAUUACUCGGUGGCAAAGAAAAGCUCACUGGAAAAGUCAUUGAUAAUUUGAGUCGAUACUACGGAGCAGCAAUCAGACAUAAUUGUGAUUCUUUAGAAGGAAUGAAAAAUGCAGUCUGGGCAACGUUCUACCACCAGCAGUCAAUAGACGAUUACCCUCAACACCAUAAGUGUAUGAGCGGUGAGAACUCGUGGUGUUCGUAUCAAAAAGCUUUGGCCACAACAGGAGUGGAAAAUUUCAAUCAUUACUAUACUCCACUUCCACAAGAUAAAGGUGUCUUGGAGGUUUUACUCAAAAUGCACAUUCAAUGA